AUGUCUCUCGACCUCGCACAGCCGCGCGCGAUCCGCCCUCUCGUCCCGCCCCCUGAACCGCCCGCAUCGGCCCCCUCGGGCGGGGGUUCCGCUCAAGCAGGGCGCGCAGCGGGAGCCGACGUGAGACCGGCGCCGAGAGCGAGAACGGCCGUACAUGUGCGCCUCACCGAGGACGUCCUGCGCGAGCUCGUCGACACGGCGCGCAAGGGCCCGCCCGGUGCUCUCGACGGCGCACUCAGGCUCGACCUCGGAUCCCAGCCGGCCUUCAUCGUCAACGGCGUCCGCCACGCCCUCUCGGUCCAUCCCGAGGCGCCCAACACGGAGCUCGUCCGCCUGUCGUCGUCCUCGCGCGACAUGCAGCCGAUCGCCGCCGUCACGCACCGCGCCAACGUCCAGCACUCCAAGGCCGACCUCGACAAGGCGGGCCAACGCGCUCGCGAGAACCGCGAGCUCGCCGAGAAGGAGAAGGACAGCCGCCGUGCGGUUCUCCUCGACUCGGCGCCGACCAAGCUGCACGCCCGCUCCCUCUCGCACAACCGCCCCUCCCGCCCGCACGCCCCUCUCGGCGGCCCCGCCUCGGCCCCGUCCUCGCGCACCGCCUCGCCCGCCUCGACCGGCCGCCAGCCGUCUCGCCUGACCGCCGUUCCGCCAAAACCGCCGACGAGCAGCAGCUUCCGCAUCGGCAAGGGCACGGUCCCGAGCUCGAUCGCGCUCGCGCGCGGCGCCAGCUCGAGCUCGUCGUCGGGUACCGGCGGCGGCGCCGCCUCGCCACCUCGAGUCGCGGCGGCAUCCACAGCCGUGCCCGACGCCGUCGGUGCGCCCGUGGCGGCGCGGCAGGACUCGGCGAGCUCGUCGACGUCGAGCAGCUCCGAGACGAGCUUGCUGCAGAAGACGAGCGGCGCGAGCGUCACGAGCCCCGAGUCGUUGACGCUCGGCGACACGACCAAGGCGGCGGCGCCGCCUCGGGCCGACGACAAAGGGCUCGACCCCUCGCCGGCAGCGGCGACGGCGGCCAAGAGCGCCGUCCGGGCCGGCGGCGGGCUCAUGAAGGGCAAGGAGACGCUCAAGAAGGAGAAGCGGCGUGACGAGCGUGCCAAGGAGCGAGGGUCGGUCCCGGCCAAGCGGUCGUCGGACGUCGCGCAGGCGCAGGCGUCGUCGCAGGACAAGGACGCCGAGGGCGAGGACGAGGACGCUCCCGGCGAGCCCGACGUCGUCGACGAGGCGCCGGCACGACCUGCGCCGGCCAAGAAGCGCCGCGUCGAGGCGGACGAGCGCGACGGCUCGGGCGUGAGCAGCAGUCGCGCAUCGUCGGCGUCUCGCACCGGCGCCUCGUCGACGCCGGCGCCCAAGCCGGUCGUCAAGACCAAGAUCGUCACCAAGAUCGUCGCCGUGCCCAAGAGCGUCGUCGAUCGCGGGAGCGGCAGCGAGGCCUCGCGCUCCGACAGCCGGAUCAAGUCGUCCAAGGUCGCCGACAAGCCUCGAGGGCGCGAGCGGCGCGAGGACACGGCCGAGUCGAAGGCGUCGCCGCCUCCUGCACGCAAGAAGAAGAAGAAGGCCGAGACCGACCGGUGGUACUCGUCGUCGUCGUCCGAGAACGAGGCCGGUCCGUCGUCGAGAACCUCCUCGAGCGCCAAGCCGCCUGGUCGCUCGACAGCGCCCAAGCGUUCCUCCGGCCCCGUCACGACCGCACCCCCAGCCGGCUCGCCGCUGCGCACCUCGACCUCUGCCGCCGCCCUGCGCGCCUCGCCGCCCAUCGUCGCCCCUCCACCGCUCGAGCCCGUCCCCAUCUCGUCCGCCGCCGACUUUUCGUCCUCCCGCCUCGCCUUUUUCGAGGCGUACGCCACCUACGCCGUGGCCCACUCGCGGCUCGCCGACGAGCGGCACCGCCUCGAGUGCGGCGAGCCGGGCACGCUCGAGCCGGGCGAGGCGCGCCGGCUCGUGCAGGACGUGCUUCGGCAGCGAGGCGAGCUCGAGGCGCUGCGCGAGGGCAUGAGGCGGUUCGCCGCUGCGGGAGGGGGUGCGGAUAAGACUGCUUAG